UGAUGUGCACAGAACACAGAGUCACUGUUCAAUGUGUGGAAUGGAAAGCAAGGAAACAGCUGAAGAGCAUUUUGUGCCAACAGAUGUUAACCAGGAGAGUAGCUUGGUGUGCCUUGUAGGUGCCCCCCACUGCUGUGGGAAGCACAAGAUCAGGCUCUGUACAGCCUCUUGUGCUCUUCCCUGUCUCACAGCACAGGGCUGUUGAGGCUCCAUAAGGAUGUCUGUGUGCAUACACACUCUGUGGGCUUGGGACCAUGUUCCCUAGGACCAGAGGGACUGGCCUGGCACUGAACUGCUGUGGCUCUGAACCCCAUGUGUGGCUUUCCAGUCUGUCCUUCAGGCUGCAGUGGUCUCAACCAACACCUCCCUGGUUCCCUGAUGAUUCCAGCGUGCUGAGCUCCUCAGGUGGCAGGUGCUGCCAGCCUCCAGUAGUACUUGGUUUUGUGGCCUGUGGUCACGGUGGCAUUGGGUGUUCUGCAAACAGCACAAACCCACCUGGCAUGCAGAGCAGCAGGAGUGUUUGGGAAUGGUUAACCCACAAAACCUGAGAAAUGGGAGGAGGAAUGGUUGCUUGCCUGUAAGCGCUUCCCUUCAUCUGCAUCUGUCUCCUUUCUCCUCAUCCACCAGCAGGACUUUCCAGUGUCUGACAUCUUGGGAACUGCAUAUCCAUGUUCAGCAAGACUUUGCAGAAACCUUCUUCGUUUUGCUCCCUCUGGACAGCCAUUCCAUGGAUGGCCCCCAAUGUUUGGUAGCUUCCAGCCAGCAUCUUCCUGCUUGGCUGCUCUCACCAGCACAGGACAGGCAAUUCCUUUUGUCUAUGAGAGGACCGAAGGAGCAAGCUUAGGGCUUUGUUUGAACAUUUUUCAUUUACUAAAUGUCAGGAAAAAAUAAGCUUAGUACACUAAAAAAUGCACUUGCAGAUGCACACUAGAUCUAGCUGGUUUUGAAGAAUAAAGAAAAAUUAAGGUCGGUAUUUCUUCGGUUGCUAGGAUGCCUUUUUAUCAUUGAAUUCAGUGUGCUGUGGGGUUUUUAUUUUUAUUUAGAUGUGUGACUCAUUUAUUAUUGUUAGAGCAUUGUAACAGUGUAUUCUGACAAUAAAUUUAAGUAAAAGAGACAGUUGGCUAACACUUUGAUGGGGAAAUUAGGUCUGGAGUGUAGACUGGCCCAGGAGUUUCGUAUUUCUUUGAGGGAAAAAUAAUAAAGAGAAUUUGUGAUAGGUAUUUGGGGUUAUUCUUUACUGAAACUGCUAUAAGUGGCAUUUACUAGGAUAUUUGUCCCCGAAAUUUAUUCUGUUUGCACAGAGACGCUUUGCAUCUUGUGCAGCUGAGAAAAGAAGCAUGAAUUCAAGGCAGAUAUUUUCCCGCUAGCUUUACCAUCCCGGGUGGGAGCUUUAGCAUUACAGAGGGGAAUACGUAUAUCUGGCUCUUUGUCCUGUGCUUCUUGUGCCAAAGGCAUUCCCAUGCGAGCGGCUGUGCUCUGUCCGAGCCCCGCCGAGGCUCAGCUUAGCAGCAGUCAGUGUGUGCAGUGUCCUGACGUCAUCCCGUGUGCCUGAGCCCCGCUAUUGUCUCACGGCAGCGGGGGCUGGCCAUUGCAGGGGCUGCUGGCUGAUACCUCCUUCUGCCUGCCGCUAUCACAGAAAGGACAGCGGCCUGCCCUUAGCACUCGGAUUUAAACAGAGCCUCCUGCUUUUUGCUUCCUGUAGAAGGACCUUCCCCGCGGUUGCGAGGAAAAGCUGUCUGCGGUGUGGAGCAGAGGGGAGAGGAGGAGAGAGGAGAAUCUGGCAGCUUGGAUAGCCUGGACUGCAUUGUCUGGCUUCAUGACCCCUGCUGUGUAGCAGUCUCAUCCCCUCUCUCAUACGCUCCCUCUGUCUUCUACGCUUUUUUUCUUCUUUCCUUUUUAAAAUAGCAGCAUCUGGGGCGAGCCAUGUUUGGCACUGAAUCGUCAUUGAGUAUGUUUUUGAACACAUUAACCCCCAAGUUCUAUGUUGCCCUGACAGGCACAUCUUCAUUAAUCUCAGGACUUAUUUUGAUCUUCGAGUGGUGGUACUUCCGCAAGUACGGCACCUCCUUCAUCGAGCAGGUCUCGGUGAGCCACCUGCGCCCCCUGCUGGGCGGGGUGGACAGCAGCGCGCCCAGCGCGGCCAGCGCCGCCGGCGGGGACGCGGACUCGAACCGCCAGAGCGUCUCAGAAUGCAAAGUCUGGCGAAAUCCUUUAAAUCUGUUCAGAGGAGCUGAAUAUAAUCGGUAUACAUGGGUAACAGGAAGAGAACCUUUGACUUACUACGAUAUGAAUCUUUCGGCACAGGACCAUCAGACAUUCUUUACCUGUGACACAGAUCAUUUACGGCCUGCAGAUGCUAUAAUGCAAAAAGCCUGGAGAGAGAGAAACCCUCAAGCCCGAAUUUCUGCAGCGCAUGAAGCUUUGGAAUUGAAUGAGUGUGCUACUGCUUAUAUUCUCUUAGCUGAAGAGGAAGCAACAACAAUUGUAGAAGCUGAGAAGCUGUUCAAGCAGGCUCUGAAAGCUGGAGAGGGCUGUUACAGGCGCAGCCAGCAGCUACAGCACCAUGGUGCCCAAUAUGAAGCCCAACACAGAAGGGACACCAAUGUGUUAGUAUAUAUUAAAAGAAGGCUGGCAAUGUGUGCAAGGAAGCUGGGAAGGACCAGGGAAGCAGUGAAGAUGAUGAGAGAUUUGAUGAAGGAGUUUCCCCUGCUCAGCAUGUUCAACAUCCACGAAAACCUGCUAGAGGCUUUGCUGGAACUGCAAGCAUAUGCAGACGUCCAGGCAGUCUUAGCAAAGUAUGAUGAUAUAAGUUUACCAAAAUCAGCAACAAUAUGCUACACAGCUGCAUUGCUCAAAGCCAGAGCUGUCUCUGACAAAUUUUCUCCAGAGGCUGCCUCAAGGCGAGGGCUGAGUACUGCAGAGAUGAAUGCAGUAGAAGCUAUUCACAGAGCAGUAGAAUUUAAUCCACAUGUGCCAAAAUAUCUACUAGAAAUGAAAAGCCUAAUUCUGCCCCCUGAACAUAUUCUGAAGAGAGGGGACAGUGAAGCAAUAGCAUAUGCUUUCUUUCAUCUUCAACACUGGAAAAGAGUAGAGGGCGCAUUGAACCUCUUACACUGUACAUGGGAAGGCACUUUCAGAAUGAUCCCCUAUCCACUGGAAAAAGGACAUCUUUUCUACCCUUACCCUAUUUGUACAGAAACUGCAGAUAGAGAACUACUACCAUCAUUUCAUGAGGUUUCAGUUUAUCCCAAGAAAGAGCUUCCCUUCUUCAUCCUCUUCACUGCUGGACUCUGUUCUUUCACAGCCAUGCUUGCUCUCCUGACACAUCAGUUCCCAGAGCUCAUGGGGGUCUUUGCAAAAGCUUUUCUCAGCACCCUCUUCGCCCCUUUAAAUUUUGUGAUGGAAAAAGUAGAAAGUAUCCUGCCCUCCAGCCUGUGGCACCAGCUGACAAGGAUCUGAGGGAGCAUGCCCAUGACUGACUGCUAUGACAUCUUCUGUGCCAACUUUUUGUUGACCACAAGAAAGCAUGAUAAAAAAGGGAAGCAGUUGUAAGACUUAAAAACUCUUCAUGGAUUGUCUGUUCUCAUAUAAAAACUGUUUUGUUGUACAAAAUACAUUGAUGUUAGGUUCUAUUAUAUUUUGCCUUCAGAAAAGAAAAAAAAAAUAAACUUUUGUGUAUUGUA